AUGGCUAGUCAGGCAAUUGGCGACAACGCCAUUAAUACAGAACCCUCAACCGCUGCUAUCGAUGCUAAGAAUCGUGCUUCCAUCACUUCUGGGCCUGCACCUGCAAGCUUAAAGAACAAUGAUAUUGCUCUAUUGGCGAACAAUAGGAGAUGGUUCAGCUGGCAUGAACCUGGGACUUCACCGGAGGAAAAGAAGCUCAUUUUCAAGCUUGAUUGGUUCAUGUUGAGUUUUGCGUGUCUGAUGUUUUUCAUCAAGCAGCUUGAUCAAAACAACAUUUCCAAUGCUUAUGUAUCUGGAAUGGCGGAUGAACUCGGCUUUGGCCCUGGAAACGAACUCUCGUGGAUGAACACCUAUUUCUCUAUUGGGACGAUCCUUGGCGGUCUCGUGUCCAACUUGAUCAUCACUGUUUUGCGCCCUCGAAUUUGGCUCUUAAGCUGCCUCAUAACCUGGUCCAUCUUCGUCCUGGCUCUGUUUAAAUGCAACCACGCUUAUCAAUUUUAUGUACUCCGCUUUUUUAUCGGUGUGUUUGAGUCUGCCGCUUGGCCUGGUGUCAUGUACUGCUUAGGCUCCUGGUAUCGCAAGAGCGAGUUGGCGCGCCGAAGCGGGCUGUUCGUCAUGAGCGGUGUUAUUGGCCAGAUGUUCUCUGGAUAUCUGCAAGCUGCUUUGUUUACUGGUAUGCAUGGCAAAGGCGGCAUGUCCGCUUGGCGAUGGCUAUUUGUCUUCGAUUUCAUCCUUGCUAUCCCAGUUGCGGCCUAUGGAUUUAUCACUUUCCCUGAUACUCCACAUACCACAAGAGCCUUCUAUUUUAAUGAAUGGGAAAGGGAAAGGUCCCGCCAGCGUAUCGAGGAAGAGGGUCGCAAGCCUGUGGGAAAGAUGGACUGGAGUGUUAUACGUCGAAUCUUUGGAUCAUGGCAGGUCUAUUCAUUCACGGCAGCAUACUCUUUCUGGACUUUGACAUGUGGAAGUUACGUGAUGCAAUACUUCGGAAUUUACUUGAAGAAGACCGGCUGGUACACGGUACCAGAGAUCAAUAACAUCCCGACCUGUAUCGGCGCCGUCAACUUUGUCGUCAUGGUAUCAACAGGCUAUAUCGCCGAUAAGCUCGGAGGACGUGCUCUGGUCUGUGGCGUUGUAGGAUGCUGGAUGAUUCUCAACUACUCCAUUCUCACAGCUUGGGACGUUCCUCACAAGCUUCGAAUGGCGGCUUUCAUCAUGCACGGCUGCUACGGAUGCUUCACGCCUCUAAUUGCAGGAUGGGCCAACGAGGCCUGUGGUGGAGACCAGCAGAAACGUGCUUUUGUACUAAGCUUCAUGGUUUCGGUUGGAUCUGCGGUGGUCAUUCCCUUUCAACAGAUUCAGAUGGCAUCUGGUCAGGCUCCUGAGUUUGCAAAGACGCAUGGAUGGGGAAGUGCACUAGCCUGGGUUGUGGCUUUGACACUGUGGACUGGUGUCGGUCUACCACUGGUGCAGCGAUGGAGGCAGAAGGAGGUUAUAGUGACCAACCGAGAGGAUGAGGUGACUGAGGUCUAG